AUGACGCGCAAGAUACCUCCGCUCGAGUCGAGCGUCCCACCGAGCGCUGCCAAGCGGAGACGACGCAUCGAGGAAAUCGAGUGGCGCAUGAAGGAGCGCGAGAUCGAGCGCGCUCGACUGCUCCAAGCUCGCAGCCCGGAUAGCGGCUACGGCAGCGAUGCUUCGCGGGGCGGUAUGCUCGACAGACUGACCAAGCAUCCCCAGCUGGACUCGUCUCCUUCCAAAGCACUCUCACGGCCGCGGUAUACUGUCAGCACGACGAAUUCCAGCCGCUGCCGAUCUCGCGCCCACGUCGAGUUCACAGUCAUCCAGCCAGCCUUCGUCCCCGCUAUUCUGCUUGACGGACCAUGCGCCCUACUGCGGCUGUGA